AUGUUAGAAGAAUAUUCAUUACUAUUAAAAUCAUAAAACACAAGUGCAUCAUUCUAAAGACUAUUAUAAGAAAAAAUGGGAAGUCAAGAAGUUUUAAUUACUACAAUUUGUCAAUUUUCUAAACUUCCUGUGAUUAUUCCUGUUAGACAUUCUCCCAUUAAUUACAUUCAUUGUAUAUUUGAAUUAGAAUAUUGGCUUGAACAUUAUUAAUUAAUGUAUAAAAAGGUUGAUCCUACGUAAAUUAUUAAUUCUACUUCUAAGUGGUUUUGCAUGUCCAGGAUGUAGAAAAUUUGCCAAUUUUAAAGAUUAUGGUAUCGAUUACACUUUCUAUCAUAUUUUAUAAGAAUUAGAACUCUUAUAAAAAAAUAAUCCUGAUCUUAAACUAAAUACAUCUCAAUUGAUAUAUAAGUAAAGCAAUAAAUCCUUUUAUGUUGAAUAAAAAAUAACAAAAAAAAGAUUUUAAUUGCCAGGCUCAAAUCCUAUAUUAGGAGUUACUAGAAGACAAUAGGGACUUAAUCAAGAAUUAUUUUAAACAGAAAGUGCUUUUAUUGCAGAUGAAAUUAGUUAAACAUUAGUUAAAUUGCAAUCCUUAAUAUAUAAUAGAAUUUAUAAGAUACUUAAAUUACCUAGCUAUUCUCAAUAUACUUUUAAUGAUUUACAAUAAAAAAUUGCACUUAGAAAAUCAGAUCUUAAAUAAGUAUUGAUUAAAUCAAUGAAAUUAAUAUCAUUAGGAAGAUAAUCCUUAUAGAAAGAUUAUGUAUUUGCACUUAAGAAAAUAACUACAAAUAAUUAAGUUUAAUCAAUAGUAAUAAUAAUAUUUUUGAAUAUAGUUAAUUGUUUAUCUAGUGUAAUAUGGUAUUUGGUAUGAAUUUCCAUUAAAAUUUAAAGGAUAACCUUAUGUAUAAUUAGAAUAGGCACUAUAUGUGAAAGGAGAGGGAAGUCUUACUCAUAAUCAUAUUUAUAUGAUUGGAGGAAGAAAGACUGAGAGAGGUUAAUAGUCUGAUUAAGUACUAUAGAUUUCCUUUCCAAAAUCUAUUAUUUAAAGUGGAUAGGAAGCAAAAAUAACAGAAUUACCAAAAUUACCAAAAGAAGGUUAUAAUUUUAUGGGAACAUGUUAUAAAUAGUAUAAUUAUAUUUAAUAAUGAUUAGAUAGUUAUUUGUAUUUUAUGGUUAAAAAUAAAUAGCAAAUUUUGAUAAUGCAAUUAGAUAUGAACUAUUAAACAGUUAGUAUGUAUUUAGAAACAAUCAUUGGGAAUAGAUGAAAUUAAAAUUAGUAUAGAGAUUUGAUGGUAGUUUUUUUACUAUGAAUCACAAUACUUUUGAUAAAUUAAUUGUAUUUUUUGGAGGAAUCUCUAGAGAACCAGAUAGUUUUCCAAAUCAUAGAGGACCAUAAUAACAUUUAGGAUAGAUAUUUUCUUGUAGAGAUGAAAAAUUUAUUGGAGAUUAAUAAUAAUCAUUUAAAAUUUAAUUCUUAGAUGAUGAUCCAUAUCAUAGAAGUGUAUUGGCUUCGCCUGUAUUUAGUUGUCCAUAUUAUGGAAAUAAUUAAUUAUUAUUAUCUGGAGAAAGUAUGAAAUUUAGAAAUACUGAUUAAAGACAAGUAUAUACUUUUGAUUGGGGAAAUGCAACUUUAAAAAUGAAUGAUUUAUUCUCUUUGGAUCCUCCUGAACACAUACUCACACCAUAUAAAAAAAAAACUAUAGGUUAUGAUAUAUUUUGUCCUGUUUAAGAUUCUGAAGGUGCAAUAGCUUAUGGGAAUUUCUAUAUUAUUCAUCAUUGUGAAGUAGAAUAAUAAUUUUAUGAAAAGAAUCAAAAAAUAGUAACAUAAUUAUUGAAAGUAAAUUUAACAAAUGGUUUAUGUAAAAUAUAAUGAUAAUAAUAUAGUUGUUGCAAUACCAUAUAUAGAUUCUAAAAUAUCUAAAGAAAUAGCAGAUUAAAAGUAUGAGAAAUUAGAAGAUAAGAAAAAUUAAGAAAUUAUAUGA